CUGGAUUAUUAUACCUAAAGGAGAGAGAAAUCAUGUUGAAGGGGCUGGCAUUUAUUGCUGUAGUCCUUGUUACUUUGACUUACAAUGAAGUGAAGUCACAAAGUGUUGCUAUAACUGGCCCUGCAACUGUGACAAGAAAUUUUGGAGAGAGUGUGACAUUUGAAUGCACUGCAAGUAGUUUAACAAUGGGUUUGUUGUAUACCAUUGGUUUUUAUAAUGAAGCAGGAGUUAAUGUUGGUGGAACUGUGUCUAAUAAUAAUGUAGGUACUCUCAGUAGAUCACUCACUAUUGAUAAUAUUGGUAGUGGUGAUGUUGGUAGAUACACUUGCAGACUUGAAUCUAUUUUAGCAAAUUUGAUUUCCAUUCUGUUACAUUACAAGUGUCACCUGAAAAUCACGUAACUGUUGAUCGAGCACCUUCUGUUUCAGUAAGCAAUGGAGAUAGUCUCACAAUGACUUGUUCUACUCCUGCUGGUCCUUCUAAUUCAUUCACCUGGUACUUUCAUGAAGAUCCUUGUGAUCCUAAUUUAGCAACUUUUAAUCCAUGGGCUUUUACUGUAAGUGGUGGUGUUUUGGUGGGCAUGGGAGCAAGCUACGUCAUCAAUUCUGUUGAUACUUCUACUGACGGUUGCUAUAUCUGUCACGUUACAAACAGUGCUGGCUCUGGAUUCAAUGCAACUACUGUGUACAUUGCUCUAAAUAUUACUGUCCACCCAAACCCUAUAGUGACAACUGAAAUCAAUGGUAACGUGACUUUAUCUUGUGAUGCUGAUGCUAGCCCUUUCCCAACUUACCAAUGGGAAAAAAAGGACACUAGUGGGAGCUUUGUAGAGCUACAAAAUGAGACUAAUAAUGAACUUGAGAUCAUCUCAGUAAAGUUUGAGGAUGCAGGAGAAUACCGUUGUGUAGUUUCCGAUGGAAUGUUGAAUUCUAUUGCAUCUGAUGUUUCUACUGUAUAUGUGUCUCCCAAUGGUUCCGUCAUUAUUGAGCCCUCAUUCCUGAUAGCAGAGUAUGGCUCAAGUCCAUCUUUCAAUUGUACAGCUGAAGGUGGACCCAAUAAUACAUUCUACUGGUAUUAUAACAUCUCUGGCACAGUCUGCAAUGAGGACUGUACUGGAACUGAUGAGAGCUUCAAUGAUUUUCUAUCAAACAUAAACAGUUCAAUCAACCUGACAUUAGUUGGUACUGAUCCAGUCCUUACUCUUCGUAACAUUGAUUCAUCAGUUGGUGGUACUUAUCAUUGUGUUGUUAUCAAUGAGGCUGGGUUUGAUUUUGAAACUGCUAGUCUCUACAUUACUCCAACUAUUGUCACUCAUCCAAUGAGUGUUAAUACUUCUGCUGGUUCCUCCAUGAUUAUGUUGUCAUGUAUGGCUGAUUCUUUUCCUGACCCUGAAUAUCGCUGGGAGAAAAGCAGCACUAAUGAAGGACCAUAUACUGAAAUAGCUAAUAGUGAAGGCUCUACUUAUGCUUUGGGUACCAUUUUACAUUCUACUAAUGGAUACUAUCGUUGUAUUGCAUAUACUAAUGUAUCUAAUAUCAUCAAUGAGACUGCUUCUAAUCCAGCAAUUGUUUCUGUAAAUCCUUCAGGCAGUAUUAUGGUCUCAGUCAGUAGUGCCACAGUCAGUGGUGGAGACAAUGUAACCUUUACAUGUACUGCUGGAGGAGGACCAGGAAAUACUUUUGCUUGGAGACAUAAUGCUAUUGCAAUCAGUGAUGGAGGACGAUUCAUAAUAGAAUCAACUUCUUUCAGUACACUUACUGUUACUGAUGUAAUUGGAGCAGAUUUUGGUACAUAUGUUUGUGAAGUAUCAAAUCUUGCUGGAAGUGGUACUGCUACUUCAAGAAUUACAACAUCACCUGAGGGAUUUUCAACCAUUAGUCCUGUCAAUAAUAUAACAUUGGACAGAGGAGAUGAUAUCACACUAAAUUGUGCUACAACUGCUGGUCCUUCUAAUAGUAUUAUGUAUGAUUGGCUCCAUAAUGCAACACAGAGUGUUUGCUGCCCUCUUGGACAAAAUGCUAACAUCACCGAAUUGGUACAGCAAAACACUGUUUCACGUGUUGGUAUGAGCUCUGAUCUUGAGCUUACUUCAGUCAAUGCUUCUCAUGGUGGUACAUAUGAGUGUAUACUAUCCAAUGAUGCUGGAUAUGAAGCACUCAGUACUAGUGUCUUCAUUAGACCAUACUUUGUUG